GAAGUUCAAGCCGAAACUAGGUGAAGGGAAGGUGUCGAGCCAUGAAUCCAACCAGACGUGACAAAAUGGACUUGAUUCUGCACCGGCUGCAUCAUUUGGGUGCCCCCAAGGUUCUGAUGGCCUGCACAGUUCUCUUGUGCUUGAACCCUGCCAUUGGUUUAUUUGAAGAGAAAUACGACUUCAUCGAACUCUUUGCUGGAGAGGCUUGGGUGACCAGGUGUGUGAAACACCAUGGGUAUAGUGCUGCUGCCCUCGACAUCAUGUAUGGUGAACUGCUUCCCGAAAAACAAAAUGCAAUGGAUUUGUUGUCGGACGCAGGAUUCUCGCUGGCGUUAGUCACCAUCUUCAAUGGCAAGAUGGGAGCGUUUCUAUGCCUGAUAGGAUUGAUGUGCAGCAGCUAUGUAAGCAUAUCAUCUGGAACCCAUCGACGUGCACCAUUUGAUCCUCUAGGCCGUUCUGAAAUACCCAUGGUGGCUAUUGGCAAUGCAUUGGCAUCAAGGACUUGUUUAUUGAUAUGGGCAAUCAGUGCCAUGAAUGGCGCCUGGGUUUUAGAGCAGCCGCGGAGCUCAAUGCUUCCUUGGCAUCCGAGGGUCAUGGAGCUGUGGUCAAAGCUACACAAGGUGUUUCAAGCCUUUUGGUGGAUGGGGCACUAUGGAUCUUUGACGAUGAAGCGCCACAUCUGUUGGUCGAAUUGCCCCAGCAUCCGUUGCUUCGAUCGGGGGGUCAUGGCUAGAGCUUUCCAGAAGAAACAUUUUGGAAAUGCUCCAAAAUCUGCUCGGUUGUAUCGUGACAAACAGGGUAAGAAGGCUUACCAUGGCACCAAAUUUUUGAAGGGCACCCAGACGUAUCCACCGAAGUUUGGGAUGAAGAUUGUCAAGUUACUGCAUCGCUUCCUCACCAAGAAGGAUGCCCUCCCACCAUCAGCUGCUGCAGAGCCUGUGCGAAGUGGCUUUGAGCUUUUCUCUCAGCUUGAGUGGGGGGAUGGCCAUAGCAAGUUGACGUCUAUCAAACAAGAACCGGAGGAAGAUCUGGACAUGAAGAUCAAGGAGUAUGAGAGGCAGCUUGCUCGAAUGAAAACAGUCGCUGCAAAAAUUGCUCAAGGGGACGCUGCAGCUGGUCAAGCUUCUCCUACUGAUGAGACUCAGCCAGCCACUGAAGAGGAAAUUCAGGAGAACAAGAAGGGAAACAAGUCCAAACGAGGUACUGAAAAGAUAGCAGCAGCUGCCAAAACAAAGCCGGCUCCACCUCCUCAGCAGAAACCAGAUGCACCAGCUUCACCUGGUGAACCGUCUCCCAACCCAGCUCCAACAAAGCGAGUGAAGGGUAAACAAGCACCCCCCGAAGUGGACCAACAGCAGCUCAUCCAGGAGUUGCAGGAGGCCAACAAAGCGAUGAUGAAAGAGAUGCAGAAGCUUCGUAGUGAAAAAAGUCAGUCUAGUAGCUCCACGUCCACUCCUGCCCCAAAGAUCCCUGCCCCUUCUCCUGCUGGCACACCAGUGCCCAGAAAAAAGGAGAAAGAGAAGAAGGAAAAGGGUGAUCCCAAGGAUGUCCAACCACCAGCCGACCGCCCCGCGCCUCAAACUGAGGGGGCGAAGCUGAACCGCCUCAGGCGAUUGUGCGAGUUGAAGCCGUCAGGUCGUUGCCAUGUCCCAAAGGCCAUUCAUGAAAAAUGGGCCAAAUCAACGAGAGCUGAAAAAGAGGCAAUGAUCGAUGAGCUGGAAAAAGUCAACUGGAGCAAGGACCUCUUCGUGAGUCGCAUCACGAAAACGAUCACCCAGAAGAAAACGUUGCAGCGGAAACAGAAACGAGGAUGGUUCACAAAGGAACAGAUGCAAACCACUUUGGGAUGGAGCACGUCGUACAUCAAGUGCGCUGUGGAGGUUUGCGAAAAGCCUGGCAAUGAAAGGCUUUGGAAGAAGGAUCGCUACAACCGCAAACUCCGCAAAUACUAUGUUGUCUAUGGUGAGGAGGACGAUGAUAUUUCUGAAAAUGAGGAACAGCACCAACAUCAAGAGUCUGGGGAGGCGACUGAAGAGGUCACCUUCAAGGUCCUGGGUCAGGAAUGUGGGGACAGUGAGUCCGAAGAAGAUGAUGAAAAGGAGAAAGAAGCUGAACAGAUCAAUGUUGCAGAGAAGGACUACCUGAAGUUUGCGAGCUUCACAUCAUCCCUGCUUACCCGGUCGUCUAAGCUUUCAGAUUUGGUUAGCCAACUGGAAUCGGAACUUGGUGACAAGGACAAGGAGACUGUUGAAGCUAAGCGUGUUGGCAAGUCGGUGCAAGCUUUGGAGGACAGCAUCGAAAUUCUGAACACGCAGUUCUCCACCUGUGAGCUCAUCAAGUUGGAUGCAGCUGUGCUUCGAGAGGAUUCCUGA